AUGGCGUCUCUUCGCACUGACAGUGUUUGGAACGAGGCAGGUCUGGACGUCGCCCGUUUCGAAGCCUAUGCAAAGCUGCUAUGUCUGCGGAACGGUGGGCAGGUUGAAGAGACGAGCAUGUACGUUGAUCUAAAUAACGAUGACGAUGACAUAAUCAACGACCAGGUCGACAUCUCCUCUCUCGCGUCUGCCGAGAAGGGCGGCAAACAGGUUGCUUGCUGCAUGAUGGUGGAGUGGCCUGAUCAUGUCGACGUGCUCGUGGCGAAGAAUAAGGCAUUUGCGGAAAAUGAACCAGGCAUUCCCAUGCUGCAAGAGCUUGCGUCAGCCCUGCGAGAAAUCAGCAAGUUCGAUAUGCACGUGCUGAACACCAUCAUGCCGGCAACCACCACUGGCGAGUCAGCCCAGUUGUCUGACAACUACCGUGAUCUUACAACAACCCUGCGGCUAUUCCACCGAUUGGUGACCAAUGCCGAAUACCUGGACACACUCGAGGGUUGGGACGAGGCUGUCAGGAUUGCAUCGAAAGUACUCACGCAGUGCUCUGAAUUAGACACGAUUGCUAACCCCAACACUGCCGAGAAACUUGCAAAUGCCUUAGGCUAUCUGUCCCGUCCGCUAACAUGUUAUAAUACGUUUAUCCGCGCGGCACAGCGCAUGUCCAGCUUUGAAAGCGUCGAAAUUCUACCUGUCUCAACCACAGGUCUGGGCGGAUCUGAUGCACGGCGAAAGAAAAGGAAACCCGUACCUGCAGAGGUCUGGACGGCUGGCAAGGUUUUCGAAGCACUGAGCCUGCCCUUGAACGAUACGACGGCCGAACGGGUUCUUGGCAAUGGCACGAAACGCCAGACCUGGACCAGAAACAAGCUCAUCCAGAGGUACACUUCCCACAAAACUUUGCCUCCGACAGAGGUUCACGCCGAAGUCCAGAUCCUGUUGGCAGCACAACGUCACAACUGUAUUGGUGCACGCAUCGUUCCUUACAUUGGCUGCAGCAAGCGCAGCUGUCUGCUUUGCACCGAGUUUGUCCAGGCACUCGGCCCUUACGCGACAAGAGGCUGUCACGGAAAGCUGUACAGCCGCUGGACUGUGCCCCCUGUUUCGUGGAUGACAGGUCCCCAGCGCCAGAGCCUGGCACGGAGUCUCCACCAUAUGGAAGAGACCAUGAAGCAGAGACUCUUACAUCCCGCCAUGUCGGACCGCCCGCUGCUGCAUGUGCCCGAGUCAACAAUCGGCGGGUCUUCCAUGGCCACAAUCAAGAUACAGACGACCAGGCAGGGCUCUGUUGCCCAGCUCAUCGAACAGCGUCUCUCGGACCAGCUUGAAGAUGCUAUCCAUCGCUGGUUUGAAAGGAACAGUAGUGACCGUGAUGAUGCAGAUACUUUUGAUCAUGUCGAGUCGAGCGAUGUGAUACCAGAGGAUCCCGAAACCCGCGAAGACUUUGGCAUGGACCGCCUGAGUCACCGGCGUGAGGAGAGCCAUCUGCUCGGCUUGUACCAGGGCCUUUGUCAUUUGAACGUGGGGCCUACUGAUCUGGACGAGUGGCGACGGACGGGCGUCCUUGUAGACAAAAUCAUCGAAAAAUUUGAGACCAUACCCGAGGAUUGUCGGGGCCUCUACUUCCCCUGGUUUGUUCGAAACAAGCAUAUUCUCGAUCCGACCGUGCCUCUUGUGUCGCGGGAAAAGAGGGAAGAGGAGGCUGUCUGGCAGGCUAUUGUGAGCGCCCAGCAACGUCUCGAGCCGCCAUACCGCGACAUGGACUGGCGGAAGAUGGAGCCACUGUCGCUGAGGUAUUGUUUUUUAUUUUAUGCGCUUUCACUCGACGGCUGCCAUCCAAACCCCAACGCGCAUUACGACGAUAUGUGGUAUGAUUUUGGCUUUGCCGUCUGCGGUCACAACUUUGCAGAAAUGCAGUUGUGCACCCUAUAUGGCCAGCUUUUUGGCGGGGAUAAAGCCCAGCGAGAUUAUGAGAAGAGUCUGGGAUGUGGCAGGUUGUUUGGAGGCAGUAGCGACCAUCAGCAGCGCUUAUGUCCCUUUCUCGAAUUCUGGAAGGCGUACGAAGACGGUACGCUACCGGAGCUUUUUGAUGGCUACGACCUAGGGUAUCAGCUGGACAGGUUCCACCAUGCGAGGCUUUUCCUCGCUGCCAGGCCAGACAUGUCCGGCUGCGUUCGCCCGCCUGUUUGGGGAUUGCGCCAUCUUCUGGCCCUCGACGAUGCGUCGGCAGAGUCUGCGCUGCGUUUUGGUGGCGCCUAUCCGCUAAUCGAGGCCGCGAUUGAACAGUUUGGCUUCCAGCCCAGGCUGGAUGCUCGGGCCAAGGUGGAGCUUAAGAGGUUCUACGGGAGCCUGCUCGAAAAAAGCGAUAUUCUGGUAGUGCAAGAGGCCAUGGAGACAGGCCAGUUGUUGGACCAUGCGCUUGACCUCUUGGGGAGCAACGGGGUAGAUGAGAGCGUGCGAAACAUUCUCAAACGCAUGAAAUCCGAGGAGAAGAAGAAGAUUACGAGGGACACAUAA